AUGGGUGACCCACACUAUCGUACCUUUGAUGGACAAUACUUCGACUUCAUGGGGAACUGCACCUACAUUAUGGCCAAGAACUGCCAUGUUGAUGAUGACCACCCCAGCUUUCAAGUGGAGACCAAGAAUGAAAAUCUCGCUGGGUUGCAGGUCACCUCAGUGGGUGCUGUCACCAUUAAAAUCUAUGAUGCUGUCAUAUCCAUUGUACGCAGAGAGUUUGGGCUUGUCAGGAUUGAUGACGAGAUUGGGAGUCUGCCAGUCACUGUAGAAAAUGGAAGCAGCACGGUCAACAUGUACCAGAGUGGUAUGUCUGUAAUCCUAGAGGCAGACUUUGGCUUGACAGUUCAGUAUGACUGGGAGGAGUACAUUUUGAUUACUGUGAAUGACAGCUAUGCCGGCAAAGUGUGCGGCCUUUGUGGGAACUUCAACGGCAACCUAGAUGAUGACCUCACCACUCCAAGUGGCACUGAAGCUGGCAGCGUAGUGGCUCUGGCCAAGAGCUGGAAGGUUCCAGGCGGACCAGGUGAUGCUUCCUGCUCAGAUGAGUGCUCAGCUCAGUGUGAAAACUGCAAGAGCCACGGGAUCAAAAAAUUGGAGGCGGAGGUCUUCUGCGAAGUUCUUACAAAGAUCAUGGACGGGCCCUUCAGAAGCUGCAAAGCCAUCCUUGAGCCCAAGUUCUACAAAGACAUGUGUCUUUAUGACUUCUGCAUGGGCAAGGGAGUGAAGAAGUACCUGUGCAACACCCUGCAGGUGUACACCGACGCCUGCCAGCGAGCUGGAAUCAAGGUUUUCGACUGGAGGGGACUGGCUGGCUGCCUUGAGCCCAAGUGCCCAGAGAACAGUCACUACGAGCUGUGUGGAAAUCCCUGCCCUGCCACAUGUGGAGAACCCAAUUUGUCCUCCUUGUGCAGGGGUGACUGUGUGGAGACCUGUGCUUGCAAUGCAGGUUAUGUACGGAGUGGGAACAAGUGUGUGCUUCCCUCCGAGUGUGGCUGCUGGUACAAGGGUCGCUAUGUACAAGCAGGAACCACCUUCUGGGGAGAUGGCAGCUGCAGCAACCAAUGCACUUGCAAUGGUGGUGGAAAAAUCACAUGUCAGGAGACCAGCUGCCAGAAUGGGGAACAGUGUCAGGUUGUUAAUGGAAUCCGGGACUGCUAUCCAAUUUCUUAUGCUACUUGCAUGACUUAUGCUGACCCCAACUAUAUUACCUUUGAUGGGGAGCAAUACAACUUCCAGGGCAGCUGUGUGUAUCAAAUGGCCAGUGUUUGCUCCAAAAGUGUCAAUCUGGAGCCCUUUGAAGUCCUGGUGCAGAAUGACAUCAGUGGCAACUUGUUCGGCGCCAAUAUCAAACUGAUAGAAGUCAAGGUGUAUGGCCAGACCAUCAUUAUCAGCAGCGAAUCCCCAGGUUUGGUGACGAAUAUCUGGUAUGAGAGCGACCGUUACUGUGGCCUACUGAAAGAUGACCACGGGCCACUCAGUAGCUGUUUCUCCAAGGUAGACCCAACUGAAUUCUUUCAGAGCUGCAUGAAUGAUCUCUGCCUUAACCAGGAUAAACAAUGUCCUGCCAACAGCCAGUACAGCCUUUGUGCCAGUGGCUGCCCAGCUAUCUGUGGAAACUUGUCCGCUCCUGUUGGCUGUGACACUUCAUGUCAAGAAUCCUGUGUCUGUGACAAAGGCUUCAUCCUGAGUGGAAACAAGUGUGUGCCCUUUGACAAGUGUGGCUGUAUGUUCAAUGGCAUGUAUUACCACCUGGGGCAGACAUUCAGCCCCAAUGCAACAUGCGAUGUGGAGUGUAAAUGCACAGACGAUGGACGUGUGCUGUGUUCGAAACUCUCCUGUGCUGCCCAUGAAAAGUGUGAGAUAAGAAACGGCGUCAGAGCUUGCUACCCCUUCGGAAAUGGCAUCUGCUCCAUUUAUGGAGACCCUCACUACAAUACAUUCGACAACAACACCUAUGAUUUCCAAGGCACAUGCACCUACGUGGCUGCCACAGCCUGCCACAUAGAAGGGACCCACCUGACCCCCUUCACAGUCGUGGUGGAGAAUGAGAGGUGGUAUCCUCAAUCCAGUCAAAAUGUUUCAGUGGCCAAGCUUGUGGCUCUAGAGGUCUAUGGAAACACUCUGAUUCUGCGAAGGAACCAAAUUGGAUCGAUUAUGGUGAACGGCAUUCUAACUAACCUUCCAAUGAAGCUAAACAAUGGAAGUUUUCCAGUAGUACAGGCCUAUCAGGAUGGAAUAUUUGAUGUGAUCAAGACAGACUUUGGACUCACCAUCAAGUACGACCUCGUGUAUCAUGUUAUCAUCAAUGUACCAUCUAAUUAUGAGGGAAAGACCUGCGGUCUCUGCGGCAAUUUCAAUUAUAAUGCAAACGACGACUUCCAGCUGCCUGAUGGCAAAACCACCAAAGACCUUUUAACCUUUGGGUCAGCGUGGAAGGUGAGUGUGUCUGGAGUGGUUUGUGAUGAUGGCUGCAGUGGGGACAUAUGCCCAAACUGUGAUGAAAAGAAGAAGGCUGUCUUCCAAGGGGAAUGUGAAAUCCUCAGAAAUCCCAAUGGUCCCUUUGCCAACUGCCAAAACUUCAUCGACCCCAACUCCUACUUCAGCGACUGUGUCUUUGAUACCUGCAUGUCAGAUGGUGACAAAAACGUGCUCUGCCACAGCAUUGCUGCCUAUGUGGCUGACUGUCAGAACAUUGGAAUAGAAAUCAAAAACUGGAGGACGCCAACAUUCUGUCCGUUACCUUGCCCCGCCAACACCCACUUUGAGGUCUGUCAAGGCACCUGCUCCAGUCUUUGUCCUGGACUUUCUCACAUGAUAAAAUGCGUAGCCAGCUGUAAUGUGGGAUGCGCAUGCAACUCUGGAUACUUCUUCAAUGGAACUGGUUGUGUCACUUUGGACCAGUGCAGUUGUUAUGCAGAUGGGCUCACUUACAAGAUUGGGGAAUCUGUGAUAUCAGAGGACUGCCGAAAGAUCUGCACAUGCCAGGCGACUGGAGCAGUCGUGUGCAAGUUAGCAGAGUGCCAAUCAGAUGAAACGUGCCAGAUCCGGAAUGGCAAACGAGGCUGCUACAAGAACCAGUGUCUGUUGGAGGCCGGUGGCAGUUUUACACUCUUCAAUGGAAUUAGUGGGGACGUCACCAUCAAGGGGUCCUACAACAUUCUGGAGUUCUGUGACCAGACCGUGUUGACUGACUGGUUCCGUGUGGUAGCUGACGUGCAGAUGUGUGGUCAGGCUGGUGAUGCCAGCGUUGUUGCUGUUCACACAUUCUUUGAGGAUAUGCUCAUUACCAUUAACAACCAACGUGACGUCUGGGUGAAUGGAAGGCGGUUGUCUCUGCCUGCCAUCCUGAAAAAUGAUGUUUCAGUUACAGUUUCUGACCAAACAGUCAUCAUGAAAAGCAGGUCGGGCCUGAUCGUGUCCUACAGUCUGUCCCUGGAUCUCGCCAUCACUGUCAGUGAUGAGCUGUCUGAGAAGGUGUGCGGCGCUUGUGGGAAAGUUAAUGGCACCAUGGGAAAUUCUGGUGGCAUUCAGACUUACCUGGAUUCCUGGAGGGCGCCUGAAUUUCCCACAUGCACCUGAACUCCACACCUCAUCAGAAAUCCGCAUUAAUAGCAGCAAUGCAUUUGUAUGCUUUUACACAUGUAGCAAACAGUAAUUUUGUUCUAAAUUUGGCAUUAGUAAAGAAUCUUAAAUCGGUACAAAAUGUACUACUGAUCUUUUCAACUAUCUUAGUAGUGAUA